GUGGACCUCUUGAGAGUCUAAUCGAUUCUUUUGCUGAUUGGCGACUCUCUGACCCACCUGUCAAUACUAACGGUCCAAAAAUGGCUCAGCUAAUUUCAGUGCAAUGGAGGGCCUUGUUAGAUGCAGCCAGUGAUGCCGAAAAACUGUAUUUACAAGCACUCCUAGAUAGUGCAACCAAAAGGGAACAGGAGGCAGAGAAGGAGAGGAAGGAGACGUUGCUGAAAAGGCAGGUGGUCAUCCUAGAGAUUGUUCCCUCACUGACUGAAGAGCAGUGUGGGGAACAGUUGCAAUCUAUACUCACUGCCCUUGUUCAAGUCAGGAAUUUUGAAGAUCAUACCACUCAGAUCGCUGAAGUCUUCGCAAAGUUGCAAACACUUCAGGAUGAUCUGACUGAUAUGACCCGCAAGUACCAUGAACUGACAAAGGAGGUGGCUGAGCUGCGACAAGCCCAAGUGGCCAAUCCUCUUCCUCUACCCCCUGGACCUAAAGCUGCAAUGGAAACUACCUCUGCCUCUCUUACUGUAUCUUCAUCCUUGAAUGUGAUGGUAACCCCCUCGGGACCUGCAACAGGUGCAGAUUCCGCUGUUGUUGUGACAAGCAACGAGGCUGGAAAUUCUGCAACUGUUGCAACCCCAAGAUUGGAACCAGCAGGUGCUGGUCCCAGCCGCGUCGGUCCCUAUGUGGACCGAAAGGCGGUUCAAAUACCGUCUAACUACGACAGCAAAGAAGACAUCGAAUCCUGGAUCAGCUCCAUGAGGGUAUACUUCGAAGUGUUGGGGACUCAAGCUGAGACCCGGUCUGUGAUCAUGGGAAUGAAUGUUGAGCCGGUCGUGCGGGGCUUCUUAGAGGUCCAAGCUACGCGAGUUGGGAUUCCCAAAAUAGAACUAACAAGGUGGCUUAAGACCACCCCGGUUGCCUCCCUCGAGGAACUCCUCAUUUCGCAAUACUUGGAUCCACAUGUUGCAGUAAGGGCAAGAAUCCAACUUGACAAAAUCAAGCGCAGCAAGUGGAAGGGCUCCAUGAAAAGCCUGCAGACUUACCUUAGCAAGAUGUUCGCUACACCCAGAUUGGAAUUAACCGCUCAAUCUUGCUUUGAUGUGGUCAAAGGCGCAGUCCCCACCAACUUUACUAAUCGCCUAGGCAAGGACUUCAUCGGUUACACUGACUGGUUCACGAAGGACAUAGUCAGUCUUGAGGCUGUAGACCUCGUCACCACAACAGGCAGCAAAAAGCCCAUGGGCGACAGGCGGUUCAAAGGUAGUGACCGUUUUGCUGUGCAUGAUCUGCUGGAGGCUGAAGAAGAAGCCGAUGCAGAGGACCCCACUCUUGGUGACGACCAAGAACAGGACCCUGAUACAACCUGUUCUUCGGCCCAUGAGUGGUGCAAGGUCUUCUCCAAGAUCGAUCUCAAGUCUGGCUACCACCAGAUUGAAGUCGAUCUUGCGGACCAGCACAAGACUGUGUUCAAAACACGCGAUGGGCUGUACGAGUUUACCGUAAUGCUCUUCGGUCUCACGAACGCACCGACCACCUUCCAAAGCCUCAUGGACAAAGUCCUCCGCGAACAGAUUGGCCGGUUCGUGGUGGUCUACCUCGAUGACAUUCUAAUCUUCAGCAAGUCCAUGGAGGAACACCUCAAGCACCUUGAGGAAGUAAUGGUUAUCCUCAAGAAGACGCAACUCCAUCUCAACUUAGAGAAAUAUGAGUUUGGGAAGGAUAGUGUCAUCGUUCUUUUCUUGGUCUCGCGUCAUGCUAUCGAAAGUUUGUGCCCCGCUUCUCCAUUGUUGCGCGUCCAGUCUCGACUGACAAGUAAGAAUGUUCCCUACUCUUGGGACACCGCGUGCGUGAACGCCUUUCAAGCCUUGAAGGACGCCUUGGUAAGUUACCCGGUACUCCGCAUUGCAGAUCCCAAACUGACGUUCGUAGUUACUACGGAUGCAAGUCAGUAUGGAACCGGCGCAGUGCUGCAACAAGAUGGCAGCGAUGGCUUGCGGCCACUCGAAUACUACAGCAAACGCAUGCCCAGCGUAAAGGUAGCCACUUCCACCUACAUGCGCGAGGUUUAUGCUUUGCGUAUGGCGUUGGACCACUGGAAACACUAUCUUUUGGGACGUCACUUCAAAGUCUUCUCAGAUCAUGAGACUCUGAAGUGUAUCAAACAGCAAACUACCCUGGCCCCUACCUUGCUUCGCUGGUUCCAUGAGAUUGACAUUUUCGAUUUUGAGUUAAGACACAAAAAGGGUUGUUAUAAUCGAGUCGCUGUCGCAUUGUCUCGCCACCCUGAGUACAUGACUUGCCUUGUCAAAUCCUACGACCUCCGGAAGAAACUGAAGGAGGAGCUCGUAGAGCACACCGCCAAGGAUCCAGAGUUGAGUUCCAUCCUUGAGCGGCUACGGGCUGACCCUAGCAGUCAACCUGAUUUUCACGAGUAUGGAGGUCUGAUUUUUCAUCGGUACGGGAACCACGACCGUUUGUGUCUGCCCAACCAUAAGCCUCUCCGCACGCACUUUCUGGAUUUGGCUCAUGGCUGGAGCGGACACUUCGGUAUGGCAAAAACGUACACAAAUUUGCUGAGACAGUUUGAUUGGCCUGGCAUGAAAGGGACUGCUGAAAAGUUUGUGGCUGAAUGUCAAGUCUGUCAACGAAUCAAACCAUGCAGACAAAAGCCGAUGGGGUUACUCACACCCCUACCCAUUCCCGAUGGUUCCGAGGAGUCCGUCUCCAUCGACUUCACCGACAUAGGAAAGAUAAGUAAGAGCGGCUACACAGGUCAUGGUGAUUGUUGACCGAUUCUCUAAGUUCCUCAACCUGAUCCCUUUGCCGCCUCACGCCCCAACAGAACUAGUGAUUCGUGAGUUCCAACAAAAGUACAUUCUGCAG